AUGCCUGGAGCUAAGCCUGCCCAGAGUCCAGAGCAAGGGGGCAUCUGCAUCACGGAAGCCCUUAUCACUAAGCGGAACUUGACCUUCCCUGAGGACGAUGAUCUGUCUGAGAAAAUGUUUCACACCCUUGCUGAACUGCAGACUGUCCGCCUGGACCGGGAGGGGAUUACCUUUAUCAAAAAUUUAGAGAGCCUCCAGAAUAUUCACAGCCUCUAUCUGCAAUCGAAUAAGAUCCAGCAGAUUGAGAACCUGGCCUGCAUCCCCUCACUGCGCUUCCUGUCUCUGGCAGGAAACCGCAUCAAGCAGGUGGAAAACCUUCUCGACCUCCCAUACCUCCAGUUUCUGGACCUUUCUGAGAACCUGAUAGAAACACUGAAGCUGGAUGAGUUUCCCCAGAGCCUUCUCAUCCUCAACCUGACCGGAAACAGCUGUACCAAGCAGAAUGGCUACAGGGAGCUGGUGACAAGAGCUCUACCACUGCUCCUGGACCUAGAUGGACAGCCUGUGCCUGAGCGCUGGGCCUCGGAUGAGGAGAAAACCUCCAGCGAUGAUGAAGAUGAGGAAUUCCCGGAGCUGAGUGGCCCGUUCUGCUCAGAGCAAGGCUUCUUCAAGGACCUGGAGCAGGAAAUAAUCAGGCAUAAGAAGCACAGGCAGCAAGCAGCCCUGACCGAGCACCUCCUGAGACUGGAGACACAGCUCACGCUCACAGACCUCCCCCGGCCGCCUGAGGAGCUCAUGGCCAGGGACAGCAGCCCGCUUUUCCCUCCCAGGCAAGGGAAGAAGACUGAACCCGCCUCCUUGCCACAGACAUCCGCCACCAAGAAACCUGGCAAUCUGGCCUCCCUGGGCCAGAAAGGUCCUGCCCAGACAAGGAAGGGAGCCAGGGCAGCCACAGCCCCCAAAGCCUCCCUGACUAGGGUCCCCAGCACAACCAAAACUAUGACCAAGAAAAUCAAGAAAUAA